AUGGCUAGUGCUCUGCUCCAAUUCGGCCGGCGACAAGAUGCAGAAGCAAAGAUGGGCACGUCCGGCAGCUUCCAUGAGACAUUUGGGCCGAAGAGACCCGCGAGUGGCCUGUUCCAGAAUCCGGUGACCCGGCGAGAUCUCACAACACCGUGCGAGGAUGACAGGGCACGCCCAAUGCGAGUCAACGACACGCCCGAGGGCCUGAUUAUUGUAAAGUCAUCCAAUGGUCCGGGAGCUCAUCCCGCAGUGCCAAUAUUCAGUAGAAGUGUCCGUCCAACCCGAGACUUGGCGGGCUAG